AUGCAGUUCUCUAUCAAAAUCCUAUUGCUCAUUUUAUUGGUUUUCAUAAAAUGCUCACAUCAACGAAUCAGUGAUCCGAGCUUCCAAAACUACUGUCUAAGAUCAGGCGGUCAAUUUCAAACACAAACGAUUGAAAAAGAUAAGGAUGGAAAAGUGGUGGCAAAUCCAGUUGGUGAUAAAUGCAAAGUGGAUUUGAAAGUUUAUGCGAGAGAUAAGGUAUGUUAAGGAGAGGCCUGGCUGGAGAAAAAUCUGUUUUUUUGCAGGAUGAAGCUCGAUUGUAUUGUGAAAGAUGGGGAAUAUUCGUAUUGAUUGAUUGGGGUCGUGAUAAUGAUGAUCGUGUCCAUUGCACCUAUGAAAAUGUCUACGAAUGCAGCCGCAAUUUUCAACAAAUUCGCGGACUCUGCUAUCGCCAAUUCUUUCAACUCUACACCUACGAGGAAGCCGAAAAGAAGUGCAAAGACGAGAACGCCGAGAUUUUGAAGAUUCAAUCGAAACAUCAUGGAGAAUUGCUUGAAGGUACGUAAUUUUCUGGCAGGUUAAGAAACGUUGAUUCGGGUUAAUCUCAAGUCCUGAGUCUUUCACUUGUUGUUGUGAAAAAAACCUACAAAAAAAAUAUACAUUUCAUGAAAAUUUCGUUUUCAGCUUAUUAUCCUGCUGAUUUGAAAAUGUAUUUUGUGCAACCCGAUGAAACUCUCGAAUUAUCAUCCCAGUUUGUUGGACCAGAGUCGCUUGGAUUUGCUAAUUCCAUCAUCAAAUCAACCUCGAAUGAAACCGAAGAAGGUCAAGGCGAGAAUUAUGUUGUUCUUUUUGACUAUGGUAUUCAUUAUGAUGUUGGACCGAAUUCAAUCAUCAAAUUGGAUAAAUCACACAAAGCAUUUGCAAUGUGUAUGUACCAACCACGUGAAACAAUUCUCAGUUUUGGGGCGAAAGCCAGAAAACUUGCAGAAUUUUAUCAUCCGACACAAUUGGUUGGUGCAAUGGGUGUAUGGAGAACUGCUUCGCAUUAUACACCAAAGUAUGUUAUUUCUGGAGAUUUGAAAUACAAAUAAUAUAUUUUAUUUUUAGAAAUAUCCGUGGUUAUCCAAACUCCCAUCAAGAUGUUUGCGAAGCUUCGAUGAAAGCAAUCCUUGGAACCAGUGAUGGAACCUUGCUUAAUUUGAAACCGGAAAAUACCAAAUUGUUGAAUGAUGACGUCAAAAAAUCAUUCAAUUACGCAUUCGGACCAUUUGCUUAUUGUGAAUAUCCUUUGGGCGAAAAUGUUGAGCGUCGUAUUUAUUUUGCGAGUAAGGAAGUGGUGAGUUUAUUGAUGCUGCUGCUGAAAUAAUUAUUUCACUUUGAAUUCUUCUUGAAUAUAUCCCUUUGAUUUCAGAAAGGAAAAUCUUGUCCAAAUCAAGCGAAUGUCUUGGAAAAAGACUAUAAUGCGAAUUGGAUGCGAAAACUAACACCAUCUAAUUAUUCAUUCGUCUAUUAUCCAGAAAAAACUGACAAAUAUACUUUCGAAGCGAUCAAAAAUGCUCUUCAUUCUCCAAUGCUUUGCGGAUUGCACUAUGACAAGGAUAUUCAUAAAGCGAAUCCUGUUCCAGUUUGUUCAGGAAGUGAAUGGUGGACUCAGCAUGAGCGUCAAACUGGUUCCGUUUGUCUCAUGGUUAAUCACCAAGUGAGUAAUCAUCUCUAAAAAAACAGAAAUAUUUAUCAUUGUUUAUAUUUUGAUUUUAGGUAAGAUCAUAUUCUGAAUCCGAAGCUUAUUGUCGUAGUAAGGGAUGGGGUUGGCAAGAUGGGAGACUGAAGAAGAGUAUGAGACAAUGCACAAAAGGAAUUGUUAUGGUGGUUGGACUCAAUGCGCCCAUCGAAGCGGGGUAAGAUUUUGAUUUACAAAAUGACGUCAGCGAAACUCGGCAUUUCGGCAAAUCGGCGUGCCGAUUCCGACCAGGCCUGGACCGAAUUAAUACAUUUGUUACAAAAAGGUCUAAUGAACUUUGAAACUGUGUUUAAACAUUUAUUUAUUUCCACUAAUUAUAUUAUUUAUAUUGUAUUACCGAUUUUCAGUGUCAAAGCAUGGAAUCAACAAGUGAUGGAAGACGUGCGGUAA